GGAGGGAUCCCCGCGGCUUUAUCUCCCACCCGGCUCCGCCCGCCGCCGGCUGUCUCCCGUGACCGCACCGCUCCGCACCGCGCAGGGCAGCGCCCAUGGGCUGCGGCAACUCCACGGCCGGCGGAGCGGGAGGGCGAGGUGCUACAGGGACUACUAAAGAUGUAGCAGAAGAAUCCAUAUCAGACGAUGACAAAAGGAGGAAUUACGGCGGGGUGUACGUGGGUCUGCCGUCGGACGCCGCUGCCAUGGCUCCCAGCCAGACCAAAACUGCACCCAAAGAAGGAAAUAAAGACAUCAAGAUGCAAACAGCUGGAGUCUACUGAGACCAGUUGCCAGUGCUUAAGAGAGAGCUGUCUUUGUGCCGAAGAUUCUGAUAUUUCCACAGCCUUCCAGAGAGUGAGAGAGAUCAGAGCACCAAAAAAAAAUUUAAAAAAUCCCAACUGUUGCAAGUUCCAACUACGGGUAAAGCUUCAAGUACGGCGCUGAAUYAUUUUCCUGAUUCAGGAAAUUUCCUAGGAUAGGAAAUUGGUAAUAUGGAAACCUCCUGCUGCUCUCCAGUGAAAGAUGAAAUCAGUGAACUCACGGUGGAUGCUCCUGCACAAGAGCAAACUUUGAUGAUCUGCAAUUUAUUUCUCUGUGGCCAUAUUGCAGAUUCCAUCAGCUGUCAGCUACGCUUCAUAUAUUUUCUCCAACAAUUUUUGAUAGAUUUUAUAUAGAAAACCAUCACUACUGUCCACUCAAUAGUUUCUAUGACAUCUGCUCCUUGGGUUAUCAGCGAUUUCAGGCUUGCAUCUCUUGAAGACAAACAUCCAUCUCACUCUUGACCACCGACCUCAAACCGAGACGAAAUAAGCUUGAAGAUUAAGAUGUGGUGUUAAAAUAUCUCUCUGAAUGAAUGAAUGAAUGAAUGAAUGAAUGAAUGAAUGAAUGAAUGUGUGAAUGUGGAUUUUAUCUGCAGAGUUGUUCCUGCAAGUCAGGCUGGUGAGAACUCGAGUAGCGUAGAGUGAUAAACACACAGGUUUGCUCCCCGCCUGCUUGCCGUGCCAUGGGGGUGCAGUUCCCACUUCACAUCUUCCACAAAUGGCCUGAAAGGUUUGCCUGGCACGAAUUUAUUCAGUGCAAGGCAAUUAGAACCAUGCCUGACCCAAUCACGACUGCCUUUCCCAAAGCACMAAACACGCCCGUCGUCCCAGGACACAUCAGUGCUCAAAAAGCCAACAGCAGAUGCCAGAAACCAACCCAGCUGUUUAUCCACUGCUUCAAAUGCUGGGAAAAGUCAUCAAAAAGGUGGACAGGGUCACAGUUGAACAGCACUUGUUCUGCUCCUGCCAUGUGUGCGAUGAGGGAGGAAAGAGGUGGUUGUUGAUGAGCAGCUCCUCGUGGUUGGUGGUGGCAAAGGGUUCCUUUCUGGGUUUGUAUCAUUGCUUGUUUUUCCUGUGCUGAGCUGAAGAGAAGCUUGGAGGAUUUUGCAGAAUUGGUCUUUUAAUGUUUCAUCCUCUGAAUGUGUGUGGGAGGUGGUUUCUUAAUAUUUUUGUUCCUCUGCAUCGUUUAAUCUCAAAAGUUUGCUGACCAAGUGGCAGAUGUUCAGCAUCGUAGACUGGGACAUCUAAAACAGACAUACAUUUAUUUCUGCUGUGUGGGCCUGUACCCAUCAAACUAAAGAGCUGGGGCCAUGCUCUUGUCUUCAAUUUUCAGACUCCUGUCUUUUGUUUUCCCAAGGAUCCACAAAUCAGAAACUGUGUGACGGGACGCUGCAUUCUGUCUUGGCCAAAUUCCACGUAGGGAACUGAUUUUCUGCUCAUGAAAAUUCCUCUAUGGUGAGCAGCCUUCGUUAAUAAAAGCACAUGAUAUUUCGUGGAGAAAUGAGUGUAUCUGCUCUUUCAAAACUUACAAUCUAUGGAUAUUUCUGUUAGGAGGAGGAAUGGAAAAGGAUCCCUCUAUGCCAGCUGCCAGCUGUGCAUGUGACGGUGUCCUCGGAGCAUUUUUAGGCUCCCAAAUGAUGGUUCAGUGUGAGAACUGAGAACAGAACACAAGGAGCCACUGAAUGAYAGUUGUUAUUAAGGAAUAUACAUUGGUUUUGUCUAAACAUCUUGAAUUACCAUUUGUGAAGAAUAAACAUUGAAGUGUUGGGGCCGAAAUAUCAUUUUCAUUGCAGUGGUUACUGUUUCUCCAGCCAGAGCUGARGAGCCAGUGAAAAUAGCUCAGCCAAGCAUGGAUUUGGGCUUUAUAAUCUCAGAAKCUCUGUUCUGAGAUUCUUUGACAGCCCAGAAAUAUUA